GUGCUGAGUAAACUACAGGACACACAGCCACACAGAGCACCUUCACACUUAAAGCUCAGAGAAACCAAAGCACAGGAUGCCUCAUUGCAGUUUCUAGAUAUUUAUUUUAAUAGCUAUUUAAUUGCUUUUUAUUGUUUUAUAUAUAUAUAUAUAUUGCGUGUGUAUUUUUGCUAGAGCUCAGCUGAUUUCAUAUUUGUGGAUUCGUGAUUACUCAAAUGGAUCUGCCUCCAGAGAUCAGUGUUUUUAUUCUGUCUCUGACAGCACCUUUUAUUCUCUACACAAUCAACCAUGUGUCCUUCUUACAAGAUCCACAGGUUAUACUGGCAAUAGGCAUCAUGGUUCUUACAACGAUAUUUCUUCUGGCAAACCUCAGUGUCAAGAGUAAACAAUCUACUGACCCUCUCUUCUAUGUGUUUGCUGUGUUUUCCUUCACCUCUGUUGUCAGCAUCACCAAUGCACUGCAGCACACCGGACUGAUCAAGGGCUUUAUGGACUUUUAUAUAAGCAAGGGAGAGCCGUACCUCAGCACGGCCCACGGCAUCAUGAUGAGUUACUGGGACGGAGUCGUUCACUACGGUCUGCUCCUCAUCAUGGCCCACCACACGACUGCAGGGAAGCCGUUUCGCAGUUUGGCUCUCGUAUGGGCCGGAUCCAUGAUCGCCAGUCAGAUCGUCUUAAUCACAGGCGUUGUAGUAGGUAAAUAUGGGAAAAACCUCCUCCCUGCUUUCUGGAGAAACGCCCCUUCUCUGGUUUUAUCCGUAUGGGCGGCGGCAAAGCUUUUCAACAAGCCGAGAGAGCUGUCAAUCAUUCCUGCUGACAAGGUGGAGGUGGAGCAGAAGAAAACGCUGCUGUCUCGUCCCACAGACCUGCUGCUUACGCUGGGCCUCAUAGGAAGCAUCAUCUUCACUGCGUUCAGAGGCUUUACAUUUAUUCCAUCACUCACCCUUUUAUGUUCUCUGGACUUUUGCUUUACCUACAUCUUCCAGUACGAGCCCUACAUGAAAGAGAGCGUUGGCUUUCCAAAAGUCACAAUGCUGGUGUUCCUCUUCUAUGUUUUGCCGCUCUUGACGGCGUGUGUUUAUGGGCUUUACACUCCUGGAUGCACGUGGAUGUUGGACUGGACACUGGUCCUCGCAGGAGCUGUAGCUCAGAUGCAGUGGACUCACCUGGGCGCAUCUGUUCACUCGCGCACACCGUUCACCUACAGGAUCCCCAGAGACGAGUGGAGGCAGGUGGUCACGCUGAACCUGCUGUACACAGCUGUGCCCGUCCUCCUCGCCGUCCGCUGCUACAUGGACCAGACCUUCUUCAUGAAGAGCGUUCCUCAGGAGCAGGCCAGCAACGGCAAGAAGAAGAAUUAAAAACAUCAACAGCCAUGUGCAUGAACAUGCAUGUGUCCACUUUACAGCACAGUGAAGUGUUUCAGCUGAAACCAUAAGCCAUAAAUUAUUUGUAAAAGCAUCAAUAUACCAGUGACUAUAUCUGUAUCUGCCAAUAUUAGUGUUUCUGAAAUGU